UAGCUAGCAAAUUUCAACUGUAUCUUCAUUUCUCCUUUCGAGUCUCACCUGAAAUCUCACUAUCUAUUUAUCUCUGUAGUCCAUAGACAGAUUAUGCUAUCAUGUUUUGAUCGGAUUACUGGAUUAGAGAGAGAUCAUGUUCAGUCACGAAAAAGUUCGCCAUGUCUCAACCACUGCAAUUCCACCAUGUAUUCAGCCAGAACCAAGUAGAGUCGACAUAAUUGACUUAAAUCCAUGGGAUCUUGAAAAUCUUCCAUUUCCUUACAUGCAAAGGGGAUUUUUGUUUACUAAAGAUAAGCAGCACCAACAAGAAAAACCAGUAGAUGUGUUCAAUCACCUAAAAGAUUCAUUAUCACAGACACUGGCAUACUUCUAUCCUCUUGCAGGUCGCCUUGCAAUUAGAAAACAUGAAGAUGAUGAUGAGGAAACUGUAUCUGUGUACAUAGACUGCAAAAAAUCUACAGGUGCAGAAUUCGUAUCUUCUAUUGCAGACAUAACCGUGUCCGACUUCCUCGACUCAUCUUAUGCAGAUCCAUGUAUAAUUCACGAAUAUUUCUUUCCACUUAACGGUGCGUUGGGCCAUGACGGACAGUCUCUUCCAUUGCUUUCGGUUCAGGUAACCAAAUUGAUUGAUGGCAUAUUUAUAGGAUGCAGUAUGAACCACACUGUCUGUGAUGGAAAUUCUUUUUGGCAUUUCAUAGCUUCAUGGGCAGAAAUUUCAAGAGGUGGUGGUACUACUUUCGAUCGACCUAUUCUUGAACGAUGUUUUUUCAACAUUGAUUUCCCAAUUCGCAUCCCUAUCUCUACUUUCAAACUACUACCACACAGAUAUCCUCAUGGUACUAGUCCACUUGAAGAGAGGAUCUUUCAUUUUGAGCAAGAAAGCAUUGCAAGACUGAAAACAAAGGCUAAUUUAGAUAUGAGCAUCAGUGAGGGUAGUACUAGUACUACUAUCUCGUCUUUGCAAGCUCUGUUUGCUCAUAUUUGGUUAGCCACAACACGUGCUAGGAAAUGAGAUCCAAAUGAAGAGACAA